CAGGAACAAAACAAACCCUGAAGAGCUGACAGCUCCGCCAAAGCUUUAUGACUGACUGACUGACAGCUGCUGCUUAAAAGACUAAUAUCACGUAAUAUCACUUAGGGUUCUGUGUGGGUCUAGAAGAAUGGAGUAAUUUUAUAACAAUAAUGUGGAUACCUGUGUGGAGAUGGAGGCUGUGAGACCCAAAAAGUCAAAGUCCAAAUCCAGUGGGAAGCCACAGGUAAAAAAGGAGAUACAGUCAGAGAGUGUUAGACAGCCCUCGGGAACUUCUAGAGAAGUUACUGAGUCCGCGUCAGCUUCAGAGUUCACUGAUGUCCCCCUCAGCCUUUCUCAUGUGCCUCCAGCCCCUGGUCUGAAACCACCCGCCACUCAGACCUCACUAGACCAUAAUGACAAAGCUGAAAAGGACCAAGAGCUCUUGUCAAACAAGACUGAAAUAGCAAAGAAACCGUCUUGCAAUGAAGAGAAAGGGCAUAAAACGCCAUUACAAGACAUGGCACCUCGGGUGGAACAAACUUCAGCACCCGUUGAAUCCCAGCAAAGUGAUCCCAAAACUCUUAGUGCUAAACUUGAGCCAUUUAGUGUCCCUUCUAUAUAUCCAUCUAUCCCAUCUUCCUGCUCUGAGCCUCAGCUUUCGGAGGGCUCGUAUUCUAUUACCUAUGGACUGUUAGAUGCUUCCUUUAUGCCAGUGGCCUCUGAGAGACAAGUAGCUCCAGCUGUUCUUCCUCUGGCUAACCAGGAAUCCUCGCCACCCAGCUUGGUCCCUGUGGAGGUCGCUGACGUGGAGAGACCCAGGGAGAGGCUUUACCCAGAGCUGCCCAGGACCUGCCAGUCUGUGAAGCACUUCACUAGCGAGCAGCUACGUACAUGGGAACCCGGUUCCUGGUUGGAAAACGUGGCGAUUCUUGAAGCAGAGUUCCAGAGUCUGGCCCACCAAGAAGGACAUGAGCUGUACGAGCUGCUGCUGAGCUACUGGAGGUGCCGUAAGCAGCUGACGCAGGCCCAGACUGAACUGCAGGCUGCCAAUUCGGACUGCAAAAACGUGCAGAAUCGCCUGUGGAGCUUCAAGGAUGAAAGGCUUUCAUUACAGGGUGUAUGUGCGGAUCAGACCAAGGUGUAUGGCUACCACUGCUACCAGGAGGUGACACUGAACGAGGCAGCAUUAGCUGAGCUGAAGCAUCUGUUUUCUGCAAAAGCAGAAAUUCUCCAUCAGACAGUGGCCCUGCACUCAUACACUUCCAUCCUGUCCCGUCUGCAAGUGGAGUCUUAUCUGUACCGCUUGCUCAGCAGUAACCCCACCACCAAGAGUGUGGCUGUGCAAGAUACAAGCACAGUGAGUCCAAAGUCUCAACCCUCCUCUUUGCAACCGCUGAAGGAGAGCAUCAGUGUGCUGUUCAUCUUCACCCGACGGGUCCUAGAUGAUUCUCAGUUUCAGGCUGACAUCCAUCUAUGGCUUCAGAGGCUGGCAUCUGUGCUGCAUCAGGUCGGUUCUACAGGAGAUCAUCUGUUCAUCCUAAACCACCUGCUCUGCUGCCCGGCAGGUGUGGGGAAAUGGGCUGUGCCAUUCCUACAGAUCAAAGUAUUGGAUAACCCAUCUGGAGUGUAUCAUUUCAUGCAGGCCCUGGCUAUCCUCAUGUCUCCAGCGAGGCAUCGUGCAGACUUCCUGGGACACAUGACGCCCAGUGACGCGAAGGGCAACAGUCUUCCAGGACUUGCAUCUGGUAACUGGACACUAGUGGAUGAGGGUGGAGAGGAGGAUGAAGACCCAGAAACAAGCUGGAUGCUGCUGUCUGAGGAUGAUCUGGUUUCUCUGUUCUCUCAGUUUCCCUUUGAUGAGCUCUUCAAACACUUACUGGGUAUCUGCUCUGAAGGCGACUAUCAGCCUCAAGCCACCAGCAGUCAAAAGAUGAUGAAGAUAUUUGCAUUUGCUUCUUCACUGGUCGAACUGCUUGCUGUCGGCUUGCAGACUUACAACAGAGCACGUUAUCGCCAAUUUGUGAAGAGAAUUGGUUACAUGAUUCGGAUGACGCUCUGUUAUGUUAGUGACCACUGGGCGCAGUACAUCAGCCUGAGAGGUGUGAGCAGGACCACAAUGCAGGAACAGUCGUUUUCAAUGGAGAAGCUGCAGGUGGAGUUUGACCAUCUCUUCCUGAGAGCAGUGCUGUAUGUGCUCAAGGCCAAAAGACUGGGCAUAUGGCUGUUUAUGUCUGAGAUGCCCUAUGGUACGUUAUCCAGCUCCAUGCUGUGGAAGAUCUUCUACAUUAUGCAGUGUGCAGAGAUGGACGGUCUGGAGAAGCUAAGCUGUAGCCUGAGUGCUGAGGACUGUAUUCAGGGGCUCAGAGAACCAAGCCAUCAGGAGAAGUUUCAGCACUGGCUGUCAGAGAUAAACAGCUCAGAUGGAAUCUGCCUCUUGACGACGUUUGCACACAUGGCCCAGCCCAGACGUACCGACGUAGACCCUGAAUUUGUCAGGAACAUAGUGCUAGAGAUAUACGAGGUGGCCUAUGUUAGUAUCACCACCCGUGAGAUCUUUUCUAAAGUUGGGCGGGAGUUGCUUGCAGCUAUAGCGACUGCCCACCCUCACAUCAUCACUGUGCUGUUGGAGAGACUGCGAGAGACCAUAGAGAAAGUGGGCAUGGUGUCACUGUACCUGUUCAAGGAGUUGCCCGUGUACUUGUGGACGCCAGCUCAAGCUGAGGUGGGGUUGAUCCGAGAUUGGCUGUUGAACUUCAGUCUCACUGCUGUGGAGAACAGAUUAGCCUGCAUCAUACUAGAAGGCCUUAACUGGGGAUUUCAGCCUAAUGGUUGUCUCAUUCUACCAGCAUCUUUGCACAGUGAAGUCGCACUUUUGGUGAUUGAGUCAUAUCAAAAAUAUCUCACAGACAAACCAUAUGGUGGCAUCUUCUCAGAAGGCAUCAAACAGGUGUCUUACCUGGCUAACGUGGUGCGGCUCGGCCAGACUCCAGAAUCCUCCUUUAACCAGUGGGCCUGGGACCUGGUUCUGAGGCUAAAGCUCCAUGCCAAUGAAAUAAGUCCUCAGGAUGCCUGGUGCCCUCUUCCCUCCUCCAGCGCCCCCGGUGUGCCUGAGAUCACAGACUCUCCCUCCAUGCACCCAGUGUUCAAAGCAGUCAAAGCGGGCAUCCCCAUCGGCUGUUUUCUGGCUAUUGACAUGACCACCAUUGGGCACAGUUUGGAGCAGUUCUGCAGUGACGGAAUAUCUCUUCUGAAGACUCUGGUUCAGUCCCGUCAUCUCAAAGCUGUAGUGCACACACUGGAAAACAUUCUUCCUCUGGUCUACCACUGCCAGUUCUACCUGCUCAAGAAUGAACAGUUUCUGAGCUGUAUGCAGCUCUUCUUGCAGCUGGAUAGUGGGACUCAGGGUGUGACCCAGCAGGUCACACAGAAGGUGGCCCAGCAUCUGAUUGGUACCUCUACAUGUGAGAACAUCAAACUCCUAAACAGUGUGAUCCAGGCUCAUAUUCUGGAGAGCUCCAGGCCCGGACGUGUUGGCGCAGUGGCUGUUCUUGAGUUCUGGCUUCAGGUUUUGACAGAACAGAACCUCUGGCAUCGAGACAAAGCUGUUCUCUACCUUCUGGACCACCUGUGCCGCGCUGCAUUUCUUCACCAACAAGAGGAAUGUCUCCAGAAACUUCUCUACCAACAACAUAAGAGCGCAUUAGGUUACCAUGGAGAAAGAGGUUUGCUCUCAUCUCUCAUGGGCUGGAUAGUGGCAGGAAAUGUUACUCCAUCUUUCAUUGAGGGCAAUUCUCUCACAGGAGAGGUGUGGUUUGCUUGGUUGGUCCUCAACAUGGAGACAAUGUUCGAGGAAGACUCUCAGCUGCGACGCUGUGUGGAGCAUGAGCUCCUCUCGAACCCUGCUUACACACCAGAUCAGGCCCUGAAAAAAGCCCAGGUGCGCCUUAAGCUUCAAGUCGUCCCAUCCCUGCAGAGACUGAUGAUCUAUCGCUGGACUCAACAAGCUUUAGCUACCCCUGCAGAUCAUCCACUCCUGCCUUUGUUUUGGCAGAAAUUUUUCCAACUUUACCUCCGUCAGCCUGGACCAGAGUUUGGGCUGGAGGUGAAAGGUUGUAUUGGGAGGCGUUACUUCCAUGGUGCGGCCCAUCUCUCCUUGUUAAAAAGUCUCAGACAGCGGCUGGUUGAAGUGUCUGACUUCCACCAUGCUGCUAGCAAGGCUUUGAAAGUGCCAUGCUCAAGCAGUGAAUCCAGUGAUGGUCUGCUCACCCCAGAGACGCCCAUCACCCAGUACAUGACCUCUCCUGAGCUGCACACUGAACUUGUGCGGCUCUUCACUGUGUUUGCUUUGUGGCUGGAUGAUGAAAACCUUCAGAAGCAGGAAAUUUACUUGCCCUCUUUGCCAAAGGAGUAUGACACCCAUCGCCUAGCCAAAAUCAUGCAGCGCCAGCAGGAGGUGUGGAUGGAGCAUGUGGACAUUGAGCGAGUCCAGCAUGAGCUGCAGGAAGUGCUCAGUCUGUGGUCAAAGGUCAAGAAUGAACCCGCACUCUCCCAGAACAUCAACUUCUCCAUCUUCACUGACUUCAUCAAUCCUCUGGCUGCAAGGGAGCGUAUUCUCACUCAUCUGAGAAAGCAUGAUGCUGCCCAGGGGGCGCUGUUGCUCGUGCCUGUGAAAGCUCCAGUGCCUGACAUUCUCACUGAGAGCUUGGCUGAUGAGAAAAUCUCCACUGCCUUAAUUCAGGAAGACCUUGCUAAGCUCCAGCAUCAAGCCAAGUUGGCAACGGUCCGGGAAACACAGCAGGUCGUUCUAGACAAUGAACUGUUGGAGGUGUUGCCGCAGCUCUACAUCAACCGAGAAGACCAGCUCUCAAUGCAGUUAGAGUGCCGUGGCAAAGGCGGACAGCCCUGCCAGGGUCCCGCACAUAUCACUGUUAAGUACUCAAGAAUGCACAAACUGGAUCCAGUGCAGAAUCAGAUACAGUGCCUGAAGAGUGAUAUUAAACAGCUACAGGCUGAUGGAAUCAAAGCUCCACCUCAAUGUCUGGCUGAGGCGGCCGUGCACACAGAAAACUUCAUCACGGCCUUGGUUAAUGCUUACAAGCUAAAUCCUUCCCCUGGCAUCCUGAAGGUGGGCCUCACUGUUUUCUAUCAGAUAGUGUCCUUUGUGUGUGAGGACACACAGAGACAUCCACCCACUCGCCAAUUCUUCACGUCAUGUAUAGAGAUCCUUGGUCAGGUCUUCAUCCGGGAUGUCCGAUCAGAAUGUAAACAAAUGCUGAAGACCAUCCUGCUCAAUAGACACCUCUGUAACCUUCUCUCACCCUACUUCACUCCAAACGCCUCUCCCGCAGAGCUGGUCUCUCUGUACGAGGAAGUGGUCAACACCCUCCACAUAGACAGUGGCGAUGUCAUAUUCAUGCUCCUCACAAAAUUUGACUUAACUCAGUGGCUGUCGGUGACACAGCCUCAGUUCUCUGAGCGUAGCCGACUGAUGGCAAUAAUCCAUCAGGCUCUGUGCACCUGUGGACUGGAACCUGAGCCAGAAGUCCUCAUGCCCUUCAACAUAUUCUGCAAGCAUUGGACUGAACUGCUGCUUUACCAGUUUCCAGACCACUACAGUGACUUCCUUCGUCUGCUCAUGCAGAGCUCUUCUGAGCAGCUUCUCAGUCCAGAGUGUUGGAGAACGUCUCUAAUUGUGCUGGGCUGUUCUCCUCAUCCUAAGAUAAAGACUAACAAAACCCGCUCCAUCCUCCUCUCCCCUCAACAGGUGGAUGAAACAAUCGAAUGGCUCUCAAAGUACUUCCUGAAGCUCCGUCUGUCUAAUGGAGACUUUAGGAGCUUUGGUCUCCUCUCAAAAUGGGGGCCGUACAUUGAGGAAAUCAAGAUGUUUUGGGAAGAUUUGAUUACCUACGUCAUUGAUCUGGAACUAAACAAUUGCAGCAAAGAACCAGUAGGAAGUCCAAGACUGGUCAAAGCCUUCCUUCACCUAACGGUGCAGUUUCUGACCUCUCUGGAUCAAAAUGGGAACAUCAGUCUGGCAUCUCUGGAGACAGAAAUGGAGAAAUUACUGGAGUACAUUGUCAUUUUCAACCCUCCUGAGACAGACCUCCAGCAGCGGCACAUGGCCACAUGCAGUCUGUUUGCUGAGAUGCUGACUCUGCUUAAUGAAGCUGGCAUAUCUACAGCAGAGGGACUCGGGACUAAACUCCACUCCUGGGUGGAAAAGCGAGCUCGGGGGGCUUUGGUUCUCCCCCUACUAACCGCUGCGUGCAGAUGCCUGGCCUCGGUGCGUCAUAUGACACGCACCACUGAGGCCUGUAUUCUCUCCUACUUCACUGAUGGUGAAUGUGCUGAUCAAUACUCUGGUUGGGGGCCCAUCCUGGUCUCUCUUCAGGUUCCUGAACUGACUGUUGAGGACUUCAUUCAGGAAAGCCUGAACCUGGGCAGUUAUCUCACACUGUACGUCUACAUCCUCCAGAGGCUGAACCUGGAGCAAACCCUCCUGAAUGAGAAGAAGACCUUAGUGCAGCUCAACACAUGGAUCAGUCAGGUCUUUCCUAGUGGUCCAGCUGAUGAGGCAAAGCUGUUUUUAUGGUGGCAUAAAUUCUUGGAGCUUGUGCAGAUCCAGGUGGAUCAAGAGGACACCUGUGCACUUGAUACUCUGAUUCUCGCCUUAAUGGCGUUCCAGAACCGUCUAGCCCAGCUCGGUGAGGAAAGACUGAACUCAGGCAUCUUGGGAGCCAUUGGCCUCGGGAGGAAAUCCCCACUUUCUAGCAGUUUUCGGGUUGUGGCGCGCAGCAUGUCAACAUUUUUGCUGGUCCAGGUGCCCUCAGAGAAUCAGCUGCGUCUUCAUCCAGGCACAGAGCUGCAGCUCCCAGCUAAAGCCCAACAGGCCUUAUCUGUAUUGGAGCAAAUGCCAAGUAAUAAGCAGUAUUCAGAGCUGCAUGUGUCUGUGAAUCAGGCCAUUCAGUUCAUCAAGUACCCAAGUCACUGCCUGUGUGACAGCAACCGUCUUCUGACCCUGCUAGUCAAUGCACUCUACACUGACCUUCAUUACCUAGACAUCAUCCGUUAGCUAUAACCUCAAAACAAGAGUCGACUCCGGCUGUCAAGCUCUGCAAAACCCACCAAAAACUCCUGGAGAACAGGUCUAACUCCAGAUGAGAUGAAGGUAUUUUCUGGAAAAGGACCCAUUAGAAUCAUGGGUUUGGACCCUGAGGCAGUGGUCAUUUUUAAAAAUGUGCAUAAAGUUAUAAAAACGUCUGGUUAAACUAGUUUUCUUUCUUUCUCACAUUAAUAUCACACUUGAACCUUCUUUUUUUCUUAAAAUGUCAUCCUUUAUGUAUCCAAAUCUUCAGUGUUUCAGACCAGAAAUAACACACAAACAUGUCCACACAGUUCAUGCUCUCAUUAUAAUAUAUUCACUUACGCAAUUUAUUUUAGAGUGGUGAGGAUUUUAUGAUAUGAGAAUGUUUUAGACCUCCCAUGUUGGGGGAGUUUUGGGGAUAUUUGAUGAUAAUCCACUGAAUCACAGUCAGAGUAAAUAUACCUCAUAGCAUGAUUUUGAUUGAUUUGUACAACAAAUAUUCUGGUGAAUUUACAAAAUAUAUUUCAUUUCAGUACAUUCUUUAUGAGCUCAUGCAAAUAAAUCAAUAAUGGCUGGACAUCUACAUUUCAACGUGAAGAAGUGAAUUUUUUCGAGACUAAUAUCUUUCUCUCACUGCAUUUAUUAUUUGAACGGAGGUGUUGCCAACAAUGUCCAAACAAGAUGAACUGCUCCAGCAUGUGAUCUGCCUGAUAAGUGUACUUAGGUUUUUUACAGAAGUGCUCCCUUAAAGAAUGUUAACAAUUCUGACAGUGCACUUUCCUCUUUUAAAAACUUUCCGUUUCUCCAGAGCAAGAUGUUCUAUUAUAUAGGCAUAUGAGAUUGAAUGAAUGUGCUUGCUGCUGUAUUUGCUUAGAUGCAUAGAGAUCAUUUCAGAACUAAUAUUAAUUUGAAUGAGAGAAAAUCUAUUUCUGUGCUAUACUAUUGCCAGCAUGGUAUGUCUAUAUUUGGUUGUAAUUUUAUUGAUUUAAGAUUAUAGGUCAGCCCUUCUGGGGAUUCACUGAAUGCUUUUAGAAUACAGUCAGAGGUCAUUUUCUAUACUUCCUCAUACCACAGCAUUCACUGGUUUCCAUAAUACUGCAGCAUACCAUGUUGUGCAUUGGAUUUGUGGUAAGUAUAACUGUUUAGAUCCUCCCCAAGGGAACAGAUGUGCUCAAACAUUAACCAUAAUCAAAUCCCAGAAUAAAAUUAACAUUAUGUGCAUAUUGUCAAUGACACUGUCAUGCUAUUGAAAAAACACUUAUAAAAACAUGCACAACACUGAACUAUUGAAAUAACCUGGACAUUUGUAUAAAUGUACAGGGGAAAGAAGUCUAAUGUUGAAUAGAACAUGAAUUGCCUUAAGUUGUUUUCAAUGUAAUAUUUUUCCUCUUGUGCCGUAAUUGCUCUUUUGUC